CAGGGUAACCAAUUGUUUUGCGAAUUAUUAUUGGGGUAAGAAAGAGACCUACUGCCGUAUAAAAGGAAGAUAUUAUUCUACAGCUGCUGCUGCUGCCGUACAUCGAACGAAUAAGAGGAGCAUCAACAGAAAAUACGAAUUAAGGGUUGCAAAAGAGAAGAUUUAGCUUAACGAUUCAAAUUUAUCCGCACCAGUUUCUUCCGCCUAUACAAAUGGAGAUCGGCGACCACAAAGAAGUCCCCGACGACGCCAGCGAACAUUGCCCCGGGACACAAUCAGAAGAUGCCGGAAAAUCCGAUGCGUGUGCCGGUUGCCCUAAUCAGGAAGCCUGUGCUUCUGCUCCUCCUAAUGGCCACCCCGAUCCAAAUUUGGUUGCAGUUGCAGAAAGAAUGGCUACAGUAAAGCACAAAAUCCUAAUUCUAUCCGGUAAAGGCGGGGUCGGAAAGAGCACAUUCGCAGCCCAGCUCUCGUUCGCCCUCGCUGACAUGGACUAUCAAGUUGGUCUACUCGACAUUGACAUAUGCGGGCCCAGCAUCCCAAAGAUGCUCGGGUUAGAAGGCCAAACAAUUCACCAAAGCAACCUCGGUUGGUCCCCCGUCUACGUACUCCAUCGCAGUCAUGUCAGUCGGGUUCUUGCUCCCCCACCUGACGCCGACGUUACAUGGCGGGGCCCACGAAAAAACGGCCUCAUAAAACAAUUCCUUAAAGAAGUUUAUUGGGGCGAGCUCGAUUUUCUAGUGGUGGAUACUCCGCCCGGGACGUCAGAUGAACACAUCUCAAUCGUUCAGUUUUUAAAAGAAACGGGAAUUGACGGUGCGAUUAUAGUCACGACCCCGCAACAAGUUUCGUUAAUAGAUGUGAGAAAAGAGGUGAGUUUUUGUAAAAGAGUUGGGAUUCGGGUUCUUGGGGUGGUUGAGAAUAUGAGUGGGUUAUCACAGCCCGUUUCGGAUUUCAAGUAUCUGAAACGGGCCAAGACCAGGAGAGAAGAACCGGAGGAUGUUACGGAGCGGGUGUUAGCGGUUUUGAGAGAAAAAGCACCCGAAUUGUUGGGUUUGGUUGCGCUUACCGAGGUGUUUGAUAGUACUGGUGGUGGUGCGGCUAAAAUGUGUGUCGAAAAGGGUGUCCCGUUUCUUGGGAAAGUACCAUUGGAUCUGCAGUUAUGUAAGGCUGCCGAAGAAGGUAAAUCGUAUUUUGAUCGUGAUGAAUGUUGGAUUAGUGCUUCUGCGCUUUCUGCGAUAAUAAACAAGUUGUUGAAGGAUAACGUGAUGGCAUGAUCGUUAAACGAUGUAAGCUUAUAGUAGUUUUUCGAGAAUUUGGAUGCGCGAUUUUUGUUAAGUGAACUUCUACAGACUUGGGUACUACUUAAAAG